AUGAACGAAAGAGGCGAGACUGAUGAUCACGACUUGAAAGGGAUGGCACAAAAUCGAGAUGACUUCGAGAAGAAAAUGGAAGAAAUUGGUGUUGCCAUAGUAGGAUUCCAUGACUCGGCAAGCCGAAUCAAAUCUCAGCUAAACAAGAUCGAAUAUCAUCAGGUAAGCGCUUUACUUACUCAACCUUGAAG